AUGGAGGACGAUAAAGCAGCAUUAUCACAGAAACUAAUCGAAGCAGUUAACGAAAUUUCGGCAAUUUCUGAUUACAGAAGCACCGUGAAGAAGCAGUAUACAAAUCUAGCUCGGAGGUUGAAGCUGUUGAUUCCAAUGUUUGAAGAAAUUCGAGAUACCAAAGACCCGUUGCCCGAUGAAUCCAUUAAAUCUUUAUCUUCUUUGGUAAACGCGCUUGAAUCGACCAAAGAGUUGCUUCAAUUUGGUAGUGAAGGCAGCAAGAUUUAUCUGGUCUUGGAGAGAGAACAAGUUGUGAAAAAAUUUCAAGAGGUGACAGCUCAAUUGGAACAAGCUUUGAGUGGAGUUUCUUUCGAAAAACUUGACAUAUCUGAUGAAAUUAAAGAACAGAUUGAGCUCGUUCUAGCUCAGUUCAAAAGAGCCAAGGGAAGGGUCGACUCACCCGAUGUUGAGGUGUAUGAGGAUCUCUUGUCCCUAUACAGCAAGAAUAAUGAUGCUGCUGGAGAUACGGAUGUCUUAAGGAGAUUGGUUGACAAGUUACAGCUUGGUGGAAUAGCGGACUUAACUCAAGAAUCACUAGCUUUGCAUGAGAUGGUGGCUGCCACUGGUGGGGACCCAGAGGAGAGCAUAGAGAAGAUGUCAAUGCUACUAAAGAAAAUUAAGGAUUUUGUUCUGACAGAGAAUCCUAACAUCGAUUCUUCUUUAGUGGAAAAGUCGAUUCCUGCAAGUAGCAAUGGAAUAGUAUCCUCAGAGGGAAUUCAGAAGAGCCCUGUCAUACCAGAUGAUUUCCGCUGUCCUAUAUCAUUAGAGCUGAUGAAGGAUCCUGUCAUAGUCUCAACGGGACAGACAUAUGAAAGAUCAUGCAUAGAGAAAUGGUUGAAAGCAGGGCAUGACACUUGUCCAAAGACACAACAAGCCCUUACUAGCACUGCUCUUACUCCAAAUUAUGUACUUCGUAGCCUUAUAGCGCAGUGGUGUGAGGCAAAUGGAAUUGAACCCCCGAAACGACCAGGCUGUCAACCAAGUAAGACCACAUCUGCAUUCUCCCCUGCUGAGCGUACAAACAUAGAAGCUCUCCUCCAUAAGCUUACGGCUGGAAACCCAGAAGACCAGCGUUCUGCAGCAGGUGAAAUUCGCCUUCUUGCCAAGCGGAAUGCUGACAAUCGUGUGGCAAUUGCUGAAGCUGGUGCCAUUCCUUUGCUCGUCCAACUUUUAUCAACACCUGAUUCCCGCACCCAAGAGCAUGUUGUUACUGCACUUCUUAACCUUUCCAUAUGCGAAGAUAACAAGGGAAGUAUUGUAUCUUCUGGUGCUGUGCCUGGUAUAGUUCAUGCGCUCAAAAAGGGUAGCAUGGAAGCACGGGAAAAUGCGGCAGCAACGCUAUUUAGCCUCUCAGUAAUAGAUCAAAAUAAGGUUACAAUUGGUGCUUCGGGAGCAAUUCCACCACUCGUGACACUUCUAAGUGAAGGUACACAAAGGGGGAAGAAAGAUGCUGCAACGGCUCUCUUCAACUUGUGCAUAUAUCAAGGUAACAAGGGAAAGACCAUUAGGGCAGGAGUCAUCCCUACUCUUAUGCGGCUGCUUACUGAACCUCAAGGUGGUAUGGUGGAUGAAGCUCUUGCUAUACUGGCAAUAUUGGCUAGUCAUCCGGAAGGGAAGGCAGCUAUUGGAGCUGCAGAGGCAGUACCUGUUCUAGUCGAUGUCAUCAGGAAUGGAUCCCCGAGGAACAAAGAAAACGCAGCUGCUGUUUUGGUGCAUCUCUGUUCCGGAGACCAACAAUACCUUGUCGAGUCUCAGAAGCUAGGAGUAAUGGAUCCGCUACAUGAUUUGGCAGCAAACGGCACGGAAAGGGGCAAGCGCAAGGCUGCCCAAUUGCUUGAGCGGAUGAACAGAUUUGUUGAAACACAAAAGCAGGCACAGUCGCAGGCACAGUCCCAGGAGCAAGCUGACACUCAGAUCUCGGUAUGGCGAUGGCGGUGGUCAACCGCAGAUCCAACACUGGCUGCAAAUCCUGAGAGGAAGGUAGCAGUGCCAGAGAGGAAAGUGGCGAUCGGCAUUCAUGGGGUGUGGGUUGUGGAAGUGGUUGUUCAUUGUGGAAGGUUUGUGCUUGAGAUGAUCCAGCAUGUUAAAAAACAAAUCAAAAUCAGCCAGCUCGAGAUGGACUAA